AUGUCGAAACAAGCGUUUGAAGAUGCGAAUGAAGCCUUUGUCGAUGACAAAUAUGAACAAGCAUACGAACUGUACACGAAAGCUUUCGAAAGUGAUGAGAAGACCGACAAUCAGUUUACGUCGAAAGUCCUAGCAGCACGUGCACAAUGCGCGUUGAAAUUAAGAAAAUACGCUGAUGCAUUAAGUGACAGUAACAAUGCAAUUCAGUUAGACGAAACAAAUGUGAAAGCAUACCUUCGAAAAGGCACAGCGUUGUACAAUCAGGAUUCUAAGGAUGAAGCAUUGAAAGCAUUUGCUCGUGGACUGGAAAUCGAUGGUAUUGUUGAGAAAAAUUUGUGUGAACUAUCUCGAGAAUUUACGAUAUUUUUAGCUACUAAUGAUCAACUGAAAACCUGGAAAGAAAAAUGCGAGAAAGAUCUCGAAGAGAAAAAAUCAACAGCAACUGAAGAAAAAGACAAACCAGCAGCAGCAGCAGCGCCGAUUCCACCAGCAAAGAUCAAACAUUCAUUUUACCAAUCAGAUAGUACUGUAAACAUACAAAUACCGAUAAAAGGUUUGAAGAAAGAUCAAGUGCAAGUGCAAACAACAGAUACCACUUUAAGUGUUAGUACAAAAGUUCCCGCGACUGGUAAUGACUAUUCUCUGGAAAUAGAUCUUGCAUACCCUAUUGAUUCAUCACGUACGAGUUUUAAUGUCACUGGAUCGAAUAUUGAAAUCAAAUUAUUGAAAAAACAAGCUCUUCAAUGGUCAUCACUGGAUGCUCAGUCAUCUGCAAAUAAAAAUCAACCUCCAGUCCCGAUGAGUGGAGUAGCAACGGUAAAAGCUCCAACUUACCCAUCAUCAAGUCAACGAGCUAAAGAUUGGAACAAGGUCGAAGCAAGUAUCAAACAAGAUGAAAAAGAUAACAAAGAAGAUAUGGGUGAUGCUAAUUCUAUCUUUCAACAACUUUACCGAGACAGUGAUGAGAAUACACGUCGAGCAAUGAAUAAAUCCAUGUAUGAAUCGGGUGGUACCUGUUUAAACAUGAAUUGGGAAGAAGUAUCCAAGGGCAAAAUCUCCUGUGAACCACCUGAUGGAAUGGAAUGGAAAAAAUAUGAUUCUUAA